UUCGCCACAGCAGCCAUGCUGCCCCUGUCCUCCCGGCUGCCCCGGGCCUCGCGGCUGCUCCUUGCCGCCCGCCCGGCCUCGGCGCAGCUGCGGGCUCCGGGAGCGGCCGCCGGCGGUCGAGCGGGGCUGCGGGCGCCGGGCGCGGGCGCCCCCUGGCGGGGUAGGCCCGCGCUGCAGGGCUUCCUGCCAGCACCGGGGUGCCGCAGCCCCAGCACGGGCACCCCGGGGUGCCGCAGCCUCGCCCCCCCGGGCGUGCCAGCCCCGUGGCGGAGGAGCUCGGCGCUGCAGGGGUGCAGCAGCCCAGCAUUACCCUGCGUGAUGCCGGCGCCGGGGUGCCGCAACGCAGCGUUACCCUGGUGCGGCGACCUCGCGCUGCAGGAUGCAGACGAGCCAUCCCCGGGGCGGAGGAGCCCGGCGCUGCAGGGGUGCAGCAGCCCAGCGUUAUCCUGCGUGAUGCCGGCGCCGGGGUGCAGCAGCUUGGCGCCGCAGGGUCCGCGCGUGCCAGCCCUGUGGCGGAGGAGCGGCGACCUGGCAGUGCCGGCACCUGAGGGGCCCAGCGGUCGGUGGAGGCCACGCGGCAGCUGGGUGCACGCGGCCCCGGCGCUGGCAGCGGCGGUGGUGGCGUCUUGCUACGGCCGGGGGCGCCUGUCCGAGGAAGACGCCCUGCUGGAAGCCUCCAGGAUCAACAACAUUUCCGAAGUUGAGAGGUUGUUGUCGGAGGGCACAGAUGCGAAUGCCAGGCACAAGCUCGGCUGGACCCCGCUCAUGGUAGCAGCCAUCAACAGAAAUUCUAGCGUGAUCAAGAGCCUGCUUGCAGCUGGUGCCGAUCCCAACCUAGGAGACGAAUUCAUCAGUGUCUAUGAGACAGCCAAAGAGAAGGCGCUCCAUUCACUGGAAGUUCUAGUGACCCGGGAGGACGAGUUCAACAACCGCCUGAACAACCGAGCCACGUUCAGGGGCUGCACAGCUCUACACUACGCCGUGCUCUCUAACGACUAUGGGACCGUCAGGCUGCUGCUGGAAGGAGGAGCCAACCCCCUGCAGAAGAAUGAAAUGGGACACACGCCACUGGAUUAUGCCCGCGAAGGGGAGGUCAUGAAACUGCUGAAGGCUUCGGAAACAAAGUUCCAGGAAGAGCAGCGGAAGAGAGAGCUAGAGGAACGGCGCAGAUUUCCACUGGAGCAGCGGCUGAAAGAGCACAUCAUCGGUCAAGAGAGCGCCAUAGCGACAGUGGGAGCCGCUAUUCGGAGAAAAGAAAAUGGCUGGUACGACGAAGAGCACCCCCUGGUUUUCCUUUUCUUGGGAUCGUCGGGAAUAGGUAAAACGGAGCUGGCCAAACAGACGGCAAAGUACAUCCACAAGGACCUCAAGAAGGGUUUCAUUAGACUGGACAUGUCGGAGUUCCAGGAAAGACACGAGGUUGCCAAGUUUAUUGGCUCUCCCCCCGGGUACGUAGGCUAUCAAGAAGGCGGGCAGCUAACCAAGAAGCUCAAACAGUGCCCGAAUGCAGUAGUCCUCUUUGACGAAGUCGACAAAGCCCAUCCUGACGUCCUCACCAUCAUGCUGCAGCUGUUUGAUGAAGGCAGGCUGACGGAUGGGAAGGGGAAGACCAUUGACUGCAAGGAUGCCAUCUUCAUCAUGACCUCCAACGUGGCGAGCGACGAGAUCGCCCAGCAUGCCCUGCAGCUCAGACAAGAGGCCCUGGAAAUGAGCACGAACAGGAUCGCUGAAAACCUAGACGAUGUCCACAUGUCCGACAAGAUCACCAUCUCCAAGCAAUUCAAGGAGAAGGUCAUCCGCCCCAUCCUGAAGGCUCACUUCCGGCGGGACGAGUUCCUGGGCAGGAUCAAUGAAAUUGUUUACUUCCUCCCCUUCUGCCACGCGGAGCUCAUCCAACUGGUCAACAAGGAGCUGAAUUUCUGGGCCAAGAAGGCCAAAAUGCAGCACAAUAUCACUUUGCUCUGGGACAGGGAAGUGAUGGACGUCCUGGUUGAUGGCUACAAUUUGCAUUACGGCGCCCGGUCGAUCAAACACGAGGUCGAGCGGCGCGUUGUGAACCAGUUAGCAGCCGCCUACGAGCAGGACCUGUUGCCGCGGGACUGCACCCUGCGCAUCACGGUGGAGGACUCGGACAAGAAGCUGCUGAAAACCAAAGACAGCUCCUCCUUGGAGGAGACCGAGAGGAAGGCCCCAACGCUGCGGUUGGAGAUCGUGGAGGACAGCAAGCGCCGGAAACUAGACAUCCAGGUGCCCCUGAACCCUGACAAGAUCUCUUACUCCUUGUAGGCACGGGGGGCCAGGCAGCAAUAAAGUCACCGUAACACUCAAACUUCGGAGAACAGCCCGUCUGUGAGUAAGAGCAAAGGGGAUGGGAGCCCAGCCCAUAACAAAGGGCCAGGGGGCUCAGGGGGCAUGUGUGUUUUGUCACUGAAUACCCUCCUGGGCCCCUACCGUCCUGUGGUCUCACCAACUUCGUUCAGGACCCUCCAUCGCCCUCAUAGGGUUGAACUCCAUGCCGCCCUCCGACUCACGGGGAGAACAGACGGACGUGCCGCCAUGUGGAAACCUUGGAGUGAGAGGAAAUAUAGGGGGAGGGAGGAGUGUUUCAGCGAGGAAAGGGAGGCAGAUUUCAACCCACGCCAGUGCUAGAGAGUCUGGCUCUCCCUUGAGUCUAUCCCUUUGCUCAGGAGAGAGCUGCUUGCCCUGCUCGGGCUGCAGAGCAGGGUGCGCUGCCUAAGGGCAGGUGCUUCUCCAUGUUAUGGCUUGAUUUUAAAAGCUGCCAUGAGCUCUCCAGCCCCCACGCGUGGUCUGUGUCACUGAACUUCAGUAGCUGCACGGUGCUUAUGUGGCAUGCGGCUCUUUCUCAGGACAGUGGGCAUGGCAUAGGGGCAGGGAAGCCCACCUCCCUGAGGAACGGGGAAAAAAGGGGCACAAAUGCAGCUCAGCUGCCUUCAGGGAGCCUUCUGCUGAGACCUUUCCACCCCCUGCUCUCGGGUGCAUCCACCCAGCAAGGCUCCAGCCAAGCCCAGGCCCGCGACACGCCGGUGCAGUCCCGCUCUAUGAGUGCUGCUGCUGUCGUCUCUGCGCUGGACUCGAUCGUCUCCAUUCUGCAAAUCCUCCUUCUGGGAAGCAGCAUCUCUGGGCCGGGCUGAGCCGUAGCCAGCCGCCGCGUCACAGCAAAGUGCCCUGCUCCAGGCAAACAUGGAGCUGGGCCAUCUCCUGCCAGCAGUAAUCAGAUUUGUUCCCUGCACGCUCACAAGAUCCUUCCUCUGCAGCAGGUUUAACUCUUCAGAGCCCUGUUGCUAUCGCCAGGACACUCGGGUGCAGGGGGAACCGCUCGUGCGCGGGACCUGCUGCCUCUGGGCUCAGGCUCUAACUUGUGUGUUUCGGUCAAUAAAAGUCUCUGUUCUGUCUGGCA